GCUAGCUACCAAGCUAUCUAAGACAGAAUUUCUGGUGUUUUUGUGUUUGUCACAUAUAUACAUUUCCCAUACAAACUAGCUACAGAGCCUAUUCCUACAGUAGUGUGUCUACCGUCUAGGUGUUGGGGUUGGUCAAGAUGAAAGACCAAGUGUCAAGCCAGUCACUUUUCUGUCGCCUAUUCAACAAGGCAAAGCCUUUCUUGGCGGUGAUCUUCCUGCAGCUCGGCCUUGCAGGUAUGGCUAUCAUUGCUAAGAUUGCUUUGGACCAGGGGCUCAGCCACUACACAUUUGUUGUCUAUCGUAAUGCUGUUGCUACUUGUGUCAUUGCUCCUUUUGCUAUCACCUUGGAGAGGAAAGUGAGGCCCAAGAUGACAUACUCAGUCUUCGCCAAGAUAGCAUUGCUAGGCUUAUUGGAGCCGGUGAUCGACCAAAACCUGUAUUACGCGGGAAUGAGUUACACUACAGCAACAUUCACAGCUGCCAUGUGCAAUAUUCUUCCUGCGUUAACCUUCCUGUUGGCUUUCGUUCUGAGGCUUGAGAAGGUGAACAUUAAGAACGUGCGUAGCCAAGCAAAGGUGGUGGGAACUCUAGUAACGGUUGGGGGAGCCAUGCUCAUGACACUAAUCAAAGGCCCAACGAUGGACCUGCCUUGGACAAAAGGAACAGUUAAUAAUACAAGCCAAACAGGUCAUCCAGUCCAACAAGAUCCGAUUAAGGGUGCUCUUAUGAUCGCAACCGGUUGCUUCUGCUGGUCUUGUUUCAUAAUUUUACAGGCAAUCACACUCAAGGCAUACCCAGCCGGACUCUCUCUCACUGCGUUGCUGUGCUUCAUGGGAACAAUAGAGGGUGCUGCUGUGGCGCUUGCCAUGCAAUGGGGAAACACUUCUUCCUGGGCCAUUCAUUGGGAUGCCAAAUUCCUCGCUGCUGUCUAUGGUGGAAUAAUGUGUUCUGGAGUUGCCUAUUACGUUCAAGGAGUGAUAAUGAAGGAAAGAGGUCCGGUGUUUGUCACCGCUUUCAGUCCCCUUUGCAUGAUUAUCGUUGCCAUAUUGGGUUCCUUCAUCUUAGCAGAAGAGAUGUAUCUAGGAAGUGUAAUUGGAGCAACCGUCAUAGUGGUUGGCCUUUACCUUGUUGUGUGGGGUAAGAGCAAGGAUCACAUCCCCUCCUCCCCGUCUACCAACCAACAGAUUGCACCAGUUGAACUAAAAGCAAGUUCCAUCGACACUGGGAAAGGCAACCCCGAUGAUGAUGAGUUUGUGGGAAUCGAUGCUGCAGCUGCGCAAGUGUAGGAGAAGGGGUUUGUUGAUUUGAUUUGCUGCGGCAUUGAUAUGAUUUGCACCAAUUUAAUCGAGGCAUCUCUUCUCUGAAGAGUUGGAGAAAGGGUUUGUUUUUUCUCUUUCUUCUACUCACCAAGUUUCAUGUUAUCCGUAUAGAGUAUCGUCUUCGUUAUUUGUUUUCCCAAAAUUCUCUGCAAGAGAAUGCAAAAGCUUGGCCUCCUUUUUUGCUAUUAAUGUAGCGGAUCUUGUAAGUUGUAACCGUACCAGUACAGUUCUAACUAAUAAAGUUGGUGUUAAG